UAGGGGGUGCUAUCAUUGAGUUAUAGAUGGGAUGUUUCCAUCAUGGCGGCAUCCAUUUCGGGAUAUACUUUUAGUUCUGUGUGUUAUCACAGCGCUAACAGCAACUCUGAUCAUGAGGGAUUCCUUUUAGGAGAAGUUAGGCAUGAGGAAACUGUCAGCAUCAGUGAUACACAGAUCAGCAGUUCUGAACUACUCCAAGUAGUAGAAGUCCACAAUCAUGAACCUUGUGCACAGUUAUUUAGCUUUUAUGAUUAUGCUGGACAAGUCAAUGAAGAGAGUCUUAACAGAAUUCUUAAAGACAGACGGAAAAAUGUCAUCGGCUGGUACAGGUUCAGGAGGAACACGCAGCAGCAGAUGUCGUUCAGGGAACAGAUCAUCCAUAAGCAGCUGACCCAGCUCCUGGGAGUGCCUGACCUAGUCUUCCUCCUCUUUAGCUUCAUCUCCACAGCCAACAACUCCACACACGCGCUGGAGUAUGUGCUGUUCAGACCCAACCGCAGCAGGUACAACCAGAGGGUGACCCUCAGCAUCCCAAACCUGGGCAACACCAGCCAGCAGGAAUACAAGGUCUCCUCUGUCCCCAACACCUCACUCAACUAUGCCAAGGUCAUCAAAGAGCAUGGGGCUGAAUUUUUUGACAAAGACGGUGUGAUGAAGGAUAUCAGAACAAUUUUUCAAGUCUACGGUGCACUACAAGAUAAAGUGCAAUCUGUAUGUGGAGAGGUUGAGCAGAGUGAACGUGUGAAAGAAAAAGUCCAGGAGGAGGUGAACAAACUCAAACAGCAAAUUGUUCUCAGGAAACGAAAAACCACAGAUGAAGAGAGAAGACUCCAGGAAGUGCAGAACCCUGAGCCACGUCCCACUCCUGAGGAGAACACAGAGCCCCCGGAGACCUCCCUCCUGUCCAGAGUGGCCUUCCACACCCCAUCCACCCCCGAGCGGCCAGGUCCCUCCGCAAACCCUCCUGCCUACGCAGACCUCCUCUCCUUGCAGAACGACUCACUUCUCCCCUUCUCAUCCUCCCCUACCAGUGCUGCGCUGCUCCCCCGGCCCCAGGCUGUGGGCUCCCCAGGCCACCCUUCUCCCAGCCCAUUAGGUCUGGGCCGCAGUGCUGGCCCCAACCUUGCUCCUAGCCCUGGUACGCCCUACCUGGGAAACGGGGACGGAUCCAGCUAUGACUCCCUGGACAGACAGGCCGCAGGGCAAGAGGAUGAUGAUGACGACGAGGAGGAAGAUGAUGAUGAGGACAGCAGCGAGUACGAGAACCUUGUGAGCGAGGUGGGGCAGUUGCCCUCAGUAUCCGCCAGUGUGUUGCUGCAGGGCCGCCCAGCAGCUCUCAGUCCGGACGGCGACGCCUCAGUCCGUGGCUCACAGACCUAGUAGAUGGGGACGUGGGGGGGAGGCUCAAUUAACUGACGCACCGGGAUAGGAGGGCGUCCAAACCAAUCAAAGAUAAUUCUUCUAUAUUACAGAGGAAGUGCCAGCCCUGAAAAUAAAAGGCAUGCACAGGUGGGGUAUUCCGCUGUGUAUAUCUGUUUGUCUUAGUUUGAUCUCUAUUCUGGGGGGGAUGUCAAGCUUCAUGGGGUUUUACUUUUCUGUCUAGCAUGGGAAGAUAGUCCAUUGGAGCCUGGCUCUCUUCGGUGGAUGUGUUUUGAUUUGGGGACGGAGGACGUUAUAAUGGAAUAAACGCCAACCGGUUUGUCCGAUCUCUCCGUAUGGAUAGACCCACUCCGCUUUUCCUGGAUCAUGCUGCGUCACAUCUGCAUCUCCAACUUUAAGCAUCCAAUUGUACCAUUACCUCUUGCACUAUUUUUGCUUUCUUUUAACAAUUUAAGAAAAUUGCGGCCUUCAAACCUUUUCUUUACUUUGUGAGACAGGCAAGUUUUUUUGGGGGGGGGGGGGGUGAUUUGCUUAUUACAAAAAAGAAGAGAGAUGGUGGUAACUGCCAAAGUAAUGGAAACACUUGAGAAAGUAUAUUCAAAGCAGGUGCUUCCACACAGGUGGGGAACCUGAGUUAAGAAAUGAUCAUCCCAUCAUGCAUAAGGGCAUGUAUAAAAAUGCUUGGCAGGCCAUUAUUUUGGCUACUAUAGCUAUGCCACCAACCACAGGGCACGAGUGGUUACUGAAUGGUUUGAUGAGCAUGAAAACAAUGUAAACCAUAUUCCAUUGCUGUCUGUCACCAGACCUCAUCCCAAUUGAACACUUAUGGGAAAUUCUGGAGCGGUGCCUGAGACAGCAUUAUUCACCACCAUCCAUGUCGCAUCCCUCCCAAGUUCCAGACACUUGUAGAAUCUAUGCCAAGGUGCAUUGAAGCUGUUCUGGCCCCAAAGCCCUAUUAAGUCACUUUAUGUUGGUGUUUCCUUUAUUAUUGUCAGUUAUGUAUGUAAACUAUCAUUUCGUUAGCCUGCACGGUUCUAGACACUCAACUUUGAACUGUCAUUAGGAUUUAAUUUCCUUUUAACAAGCGAUGUAUUUUUAUGAAUCAUGCGGUUGCCUAUUUAGAUGACGAAGAAUAGUUUUUAUUCAAAGUUUUCCUUUGCCACUACUAUAAUGGGUGCUUAUAUUAUUUUUAUGACAAUGUUAAUGUCACUGUCUCAUUCUUCUAUAAUAACACUGAAACUGUAUGCGCUUUGCUGCACUUAACAAAUGUAGUUGAUUUAUUUUAUUGUGCUUUACCAAUGCAGUUCAGUUGUGCUACUUGAGUAGUAUGCUUUGACCACCUGAGCAGAGCUAGCUCAGCUUUUGCGCAUUGUAUGGGGUCGACAGGGCGAAAACACAACUUACUGUAGCUUUACUAACCAGACAACUCUGCUGCAUCAGAGCAAGCAGUAAACAAGAAACUGCUUCUACAUAGACCUGUCUGCUUCUUCUACCUGUUGUCCUUGCACUGCUGGUUGCCUCCAUUACUGCUGACACUGACUAGAAUGGCUUCUCCCUAGGUAAUUCUGAUGGAAAGGUUCUCACUGUAGUGUCUAAAUGUGUUACAGCCUAGGAACAAGGCAACUCCUGCCUGUCUUGUCAAAACCAAUAGACCUCACACACUCAAAGCUGGUUGGGCUAAAUGUGUAUGGACCUUUUAAUAAUGUGACAAAUAUGACCUCAAUUCAUAGUACAGUGCCUUCCAUUUGGACAGUUACACUGGCUCGUAACUAUACACACAACGCAAGCGACUGGAAAGAAGUGUGUUCCAAUUGUGGUGAGAGGAUCCUUUACCCUGCAGUGUUAUCCUGCAGGGUAAAGGAUCCCCUACAUACUGGUCUUGACUAGAAGAAAAAAACACUGUCGUGGGAGGUUCUCUUCUGCACUUCUGUUCAAUCAAUCCAGUAAAUGUCGAGGAGGAGUUAAGUGGGAGUUUCGCCUUGUUAAUGUCCAAAAGGAGAAGUUGCAUCACUUGCUCGCUUUCCAACAUCCGGUUGUUGGGGACUCUGCAGAGGCUACUGUCACGUUGGAUGGGUACUAUUAGAAACCAACUUUGCAGUAGACUUUCUUCCUUGAGCCUUCACAGAAUCCCAAUAUUGCUGUUUGAAACUGGAAUUACACUGAACAAAAAUAUAAACGUGAAGUGUUGGUCUGAUGUUUCAUAAUAAGCUGAAAUAAAAGAUCCCAGACAUUUUCCAUGCGCACAAAAAGCUUAUUUCUCUAAAAUUGUUUGCACAAAUUUGUUUAGAUCCCUGUUAGUGAGCAUUUCUCAUUCUCCAAGAUAAUCCAUCCACCUGACAGUUGUGGAAUAUCAACAAGCUGAUUAAACAGCAUGAUCACUACACAGGUGCACCUUGUGGGGACAAUAAAAGGCCACUCUAAAAUGUGCAGGUUUGUCACACACUUGAGAUGUCUCAAGUUUUGAGGGAGCAUGCAAUUGGCAUGCUGACUGCAGGAAUGUCCACCAGAGUUGUUGCCAGAGAAUUCAAUGUUAAAACGACAUUGGAGACAUAAGCUGCCUCCAAUGUCGUUUUAGAGAACUGGUCUCACAACCGCAGACCACAUGUAACCACGCCAGCCCAAGGACCUCCACAUCCGGCUUCUUCACCUGCGGGAUCGUCUGAGACCAGACAGCUGAUGAAACUGAGGAGUAUUUCUGUCUCAUAAAGCCCUUUUGUGGGGAAAAACUCAUUCUGAUUGCCUGGGCCUGGCUCCCAAGUGGGUGGGCCUUCUCUCCCAGGCCCACCUAUGGCUGCGCCCCUGCCCAGUCAUGUGAAAUCCAUAGAUUAGAGCCUUAUAAAUUAGUUUCAAUUGAUUUCCUUAAUUGAACUGUAACUAAGAAAAAUUGUUGCAUGUUGCGUUUAUAUUUUUGUUCAGUAUACAUCAUAGUGGGAAGAAACCCCAUACAUAGAUGGAGAGACGGGUUCUGAGUCAAGCCCAGAACGAUGAGUGUGUGACACAUUUAGAGAUAAGCUAGUGAGUGAGGGGAGACUUGAGUGACUGUAGGGGACCUUGCACGUUCGAGGCAGACAAUGACACAGCUCAAUGGAUGGUUUUAAGCACUCGAAACUGAAGGACAUUUAGCAUGAUAAUGUGCAAGGAAUAGUCUGCUAAUUAGCCAAAAGGGAUGUAGGGAGGAGCUUUACCAUGUAAAGCAGUUUGUCCUUUUUACUGCAGCCAGCUUUUCCCAUGUACAGCCCAUGUCUUGUAUGCUGCUCUUUCUGUCUUAAGGUCAUCUAGCUUUCCUUUUUCACUUAGCCAUGUCAACUCAUAACGUGGCGGACUGGUACUCCAUUUUUAUCUUAUUGUUUACAAAUUAAUCACUGAAUAACAAAGUCACAACUGAUUAUACUGACAAAAUUGAGAGUGAAAGGAGUGGUUUCCACUUGAUCACUGGAAUAAAUAAUGGGAGUUAAGAACAAAUAAUCAAUCAUGUACACUGUACAGUAGAUGGGAGGGGGUAGCAUUCAAACAGCACUUAUUUAUGAGCAUCUCAGUCAUGAUGGAAGUGGCUGGCAGGAGAGGAGGGUGAAAGUACUCUAAACAACACGGUUUGGCCCCAAGCUGAAAGCGGCCCCUGAGAUCCUUCUCCCUGAAGCACAAAGUCCCAUUAAAUCCCUGAUGUCUGAACAUGUCUAUCAUAGAGACAGUGAUAGACCAAGCACUUUUGGUCACAGUUCUCUCACCGAGAACACGGUUCUUAUGUGGGGUGUAAUAAAAGAGACAUGCUUAUUUA